AUGAGCAGCGGGGUAGACACUUCGCAACCCGAAAGCGGACGUCCCGAUAUCGAGACGAAAAGUACUGAGACGGAAGAAGUUUCAGCAAAGCGCACACGGAGCUUGGAGGACAGCGAUGGCGUCAAAGACGUUGAAGCUACAGAGCACAAGCCUAGCUCCAAAAAGCCCAGAGCAGCUUUGAAAACUGCUAGUAGCGAUGGUGAUAAUAGGGAAGCGAACGAAUCUCAAGAAAGUGAACAGGGAGGUGCGAGCAAGCCGGACUCAACACACAAAAGUGUGACGAAGGAUGUAGCGCCUACCAAGGCGGAUGACCAAGGCGAGCUUGCAAGAGAACCUGAAAAGGAUAUCGUCAAGGAGCUAGAUAAAAAUAACGAAAAUCCGGGAGACAGUGUUAAGGAGGUGCCCGCGAAACCGAAAUUCGCUUUUGGUUCCUCAUCUAAUUUCAGCGCUGGGUUUGGUGUCGCGACGAAGAGACCUGAAUCGGCGCUAAGCUCCGAGGGUCAGAGCGAGAAUGGGACACCACUACCAGAAGCUAAACCGGCCAACAAGCCUGCUGCUUUUGGUUCCGGGUUCGCAUUUGGCGCCGGUUUCUGCGCUUUGAACAAGAAUAAAACCACUUCGAACACCAAAGUGUUCGAAAACGAGUCUGAAAAGGCCGAAAAAGUGGAGAGGGCCAAGAGUUCAAGCUCGACCGCAAGUAGUGCCAGCCUUGAUGAAAAAAAAGGUAACAUAGAGGGCGAGGGCAUAGUAAAGCUCACCAAACAAGAGGUGAAGUCGGGAGAAGAAUCUGAACAGUCUAACUAUCAGGUCAAUGCUAAGCUGUACCAACUGAGUGACCUGAAAGAAGGUUGGAAGGAAAGGGGUGUAGGCGCUCUCCACGUUAAUGUCGACCGUAAGAGUGGCAAGGGCCGUGUCGUCAUGCGAUCUCGUGGUAUUUUGAAAGUUAUUCUCAAUCUUUCGCUAAUAAAAGGUGUUGCGGUUCAUAGGGGAUUUCCGGCAUCUUUAAACGGCGAGAAAUUCAUACGUAUUGUAGCGGUCGAUCACGAAAAAACGCCAGUCCAAUACGCGCUGAAGACUGCCAAAGCGGAAACCGCCACCGAACUUUAUGACCAUAUUGUCAAGCUAAUUCCCUCUUAG